UUUACGAAUUUUAAUAGAAGUCAAGUGUGCGACAGACUCAGUCGCAGUUUGUGCUCUAAUGAUAAAGUAUACAACAAAUGCAUUCCCAGAAGUUGAUAAAGAAAUGGACCUCGUUGGUCUUGUUUGUUCUGUUAAUGGCCACGAUAACGAAAAGCCAAAGACUACCCGGAAACGACUACAUGCAGAAACAGCUGCUGUGUGCCCUGGACAGAGCGCCUUGCGAUGCUUUGGGAUCCCAGAUCAAAGAUGCUCUGCCAGAAAUAAUUGGAAAUAAUUGUCAUUCUUGCGACCAUCGACAAGCUGCUAAUGCGAGAAAAAUUGCAAUAUUCAUUCAAUCUAAGUAUCCGGAUGUUUGGAUUGCAUUGCUGAAUAAAUAUUCAACUAUAAAAACCUGAUGAGAUUUACUGUUUGCUAUUUAUUCAUGUCGCCAUUUUUAUUUUCAAAAUAAAUAGUGACAGAAUCAAUCUGUUCGUUAGAAAUUU